AUGAACAACUACGUGAAUGUAAUUAACAGAGAUGCAGACAUCAAUGGGCUACUGUCACUACACGAGUCCGCCGACGAACCCUUCACUCUAAUCAGCUUUCCAUGGAUUAAGCUCACCAGGAAUGAAUUUGACUAUUUGUUUAAUAAACGGGACCCGUCAGGUCCUCUAUUCGACUUCGUAAUGGAGAUGGUCAUAGCCCUGUCCAAAAGUUAUGGUCUAUUGGUGAAUAGUUUCUACGAGCUCAAGCCAUUGUAUGUAGAGUACUGGAAUUGUGAGUCUAAACCAAAAGCAUUCUUUGUUGGACCCUUGUGUAUGGCCCGACAACAAAAAAUGGAGCCCGUAUUGCACCAGGACUGUAGAUAUAUUAAAUGGUUGGAUCAAAAACUGGGAUUUCUGAGUCACCGUGACUGGAACUCGGUGUUGGAGAGCAUAAGUGCAAAAGUUCCGAUACUGGCAUUGCCAAUGAUGGCGGAGCAACCCCUAAAUGCAAAAAUGGUAGUGGAAUUAAAAUCAGACUCAUUGGCGUGCGACCGGUUGAAGGUGAAGGAAGCUAUUUGCCACAAAUAA